UGGCUGCAACUGUCCCCAAAAUGCGAUUAUACACGCGUUAGAAAGGCCAUGGACAACGCAGAUGCAAUGGCAUUUGCAGCUACCCAUGAUGGAGAUGUUGUAAAGGCGUCAGAUCUUUCGGAAAGGCGAGCAGUGUCCAUUGAUACCAAUAUGGAAAAUCCUUCGUCUCCCGACGAAAUGUUGACUCCGCCCGUCUAUAACUACGCCAGGGCCAUUUCAUGGUCUCGGUCGGCGGAGGAUAUCUUCGAUGCUUUUCGAAUAGCCUCCAACAAUGCCAGAGUACACAGACCGGUCAUGAUUGGUGCUACAUGGAAGAACACAAAUAGAAGGAAUUUUAUUGAGCACGACAAUAGGAUGGGAAACGCAUCCGAAGUCGAUGCUUACUGCAGACUUCCUCUAUAUGCGGUACGGAGCCCCUGGGCUACAGGUAUGUUCUUUCGCAUGUUCGUGGCCUCGCUGCUACCCCUAGCUUUGCAAUGGGCAACAACUGGAUCUGCGAUACUAGCUGUAUAUUUUACUCCGACUGUGGGCUUUGGUUGUAGAUCUCUCGCUUACCUCGUCUAUGGCGCAUUGGCAACGAUAAUAUGGGCGAUGCUCGUCAUGUCGAGCGUCUUGUCGCACUACGCAUCCUCAUACUCAGACAGACCUAGGAGUCCUUUCUUAUCCACCACUAUCAGUCUCGUAAAGGUAUCAUCGAACCUUUUGAGAUGGGGAGGGAAAUUGAUGGCAAUCGUCAAUGCAAUCUGGAUAAUUGCGACAGGGAUGCUGCAGUUCACGAGUGUCUAUGAUAAUUGUUACUGCGACUCGAGCGUGUUGGGGAGAGGGGCCCAACGUGCAUAUGUUAUUGUCUUGCCCGAUGGUUUAGACUUCAAUCAAACCAAAGCUGCUUGGUUCGGAGCGUUGGCGUUGGCUGGGUCUGCUUCUUUGGGAUUCAUUUUUUACAUGAGUUUGUUGACCGAUCUUGUACCUAUAUGA